AUGAAAGUGUCUCUCAGCCUCAGCGUUUUCCUGGCUUUCCUGGACCCAGGGACCUCCCUUCAGUGUGAGGUUUGUCACGGCAUAGGAAAGAGCUGCUCUGGUCCCAUGAAAAACUGUAAUAGUGGUGAAGAUAUUUGUGGCAUCAUUCUGCACGAGGUCUUGAUAGGGGGGAUGGCAAUCCCUUCAUCCAUCAAGUCCUGCAUGCCAUCCAGCGUUUGCCAGCUUGGUCCUACCACCAUGAACUAUGGGAAGGUAAAAGCAAGGAGCCAUGUGGCUUGCUGCACGGGCAAUGACUGCCAAACAAUCUCUGUAUCACUGCCGCCAGUGGACAACACACCCAAUGGACAUCAAUGUCCUGCCUGCUACAGUGUGGAUUCCUUUCAGUGUGGUAAUGAAACCGUAAACUGCACUGGAUCCGAAACCCAGUGUGUUGACCUUGCUGGGUUAAUGAAUUCUGGUGGAGUGACUCUGAAAGCUGCCAUGAGGGGUUGCACCACCAUUUCUGAAUGCAGUAUUGCAGGAGACGGAAAAAACAAUCUGGGUAUGAUGGACAUAAAGUUAAGGAGGUUCAAAUGUGAACCAGCUUCUCCUUGGGCCAUGGCACAGUCUGGGUUUGUUCCUCCAGACACCCUUUUCCUCACUGUCCUGUCAGUAUUCAUCUUGGAGAAGGUACUUUUCUGA